AUGCUCAUUUGCUCCGGACCUGAUGCCGCAUCAUCCCGCAAAGAUCCGCAGAGCCGGAGCAGAGCUGAGGCUUCCAUCCGCCGGAGGGAGCGACCUUCCUUGACCGAGUCCAUCCUCACCUCCUCCGUCACCAUCUGGUUCGCUGCUGCCACCACUAACGACAACAGGAGGCUGCAGCGGAUCAUCCGUUCUGCUGAGAAGGUGAUCGGCUGCAAUCUGCCAUCUCUCCAGGACCUGUUUGCCUCUAGGACCCUGAGGCGUGCAGAGCACCUGUCUCCCGGGGACAUGAGCUCCUCGGACGUGGGGGGGACCGUGCUCGUGCUCGCGGGGACCGUCGGUCUCUUCGCGGGGACCCGCAGGCUGAUCACCCGGAGCCUCGCGGGCACGCGCCUGUGCGUGUACGCGCUGGAGCUCACGUGCACCCUCCAGCUGUGCAUGUGCACGCACGAGCUCCAGCUGCUGACCCAGCUGGGGGGGGUGGACCCCCGCGUGGCGCUCGCGCUUACCUACGCGGCCGCCGUCGUGCACGCGCUCACCUUCAGCGGCGCGUGCACGGGGAACCCCACCGGGACCCUCGUGCACGCGUACCGUGCGCGCAUCCCGGUGGGCGUGGCCCUGCGGAGGAUCGCGUGCCAGUUCGCCGCGGCCGCCGGUGCACGCGCCGCGGUCCCGCUGCUCAGGGGUCUCGGGUGGUCCCGGCUGCACGUGCUGCACGAGCUGCUCGGGUACCGGUGCGUGAGCCCCGUGCACGCGCCUCUGCACCAGGCCGCCGCCGUGGAGCUCGCGUGCGCGUUCGCGGUGCAGACUGCCCUCACGUGCACGCGCUCGGUGGAGGAGAAGUACCGCGUGCACGCGCUAGCUGCGGUCAUCGCAUCAGUGGUUUAUGCAGGCGGCCGUUGGACCGGAGCCGUGUUCAAUCCGGCCUUGGCCUUCUCCACUCAGUUCCCCUGCAGCGGUCACUCCUUCCUGGAGUACUGUGUGGUCUACUGGCUGGGCCCCCUGCUGGGUAUGAUGAGCUCCGUGCUGCUGUUUGAUCGACUCGGCCCUCUGUUGUCAUGGAAACCGCCGUCUGUCCCUGGUCCCGUGGAGACAAAGAAGAGGACGUGA